GGCAGUGUUUUUAUUUUGACAAUGUGGUUGUGCUGCAGUGGGUGAGGCUACUGCAUAUAUUGACUAACCUGCAAUUGCUUAACCAAUGGUUAGCAUGCAGUGAUGACUUAGGUGUGUAGGCUCUGCCACCCAGUCCGCCCCUCUAGUGUGAUAUAUCCAUUCUGUUACAUAGUACAGAACAAGCUUUGGCAGUCUUCAUUAUAAAAAAGUACUCCAUUUUUGGCACAACAUACAUGUGUUUCUUCAAGAAGUCCUGCUUUAAAGUGUGCAAAUGUGAACAGUUAUUUCACUCCCUAAUUCAGAGUUCCUUAAAAUAAAAUUAAAAUUUACAGUUUUUCUAAUAGCAAUUGAAUUAUUAAAAGAGAAGGAAUGUUCAUCAAAAUUUAUGCUUUCCUUUCAGAAAUAACAGUUGAGUUUAUGAUCCCUCAUAACAAAGUCUUUUGUUUUUGCUGAUCCUAGCCAAAAGCAGAAGGAAGGUUAUCAACAUUCACAUUAUGUGACAGAUGAUUGGCCAAAGUUGUUCAGGAACUUGAACGCUUUUGUGGCAGUAGAUUGGUGCUGUGUUGUGAAGGAUGCUUUGCACAAUUUGUUUGUGCAGGAGCUGGUGGUAAUAGGCUGACAUUAAGCUAUUUUUCUAUCUGAUAAAUGCUAAGAUUCAGGGAGCAGCCAAUUGCCGAAUGAGUUGGAUUUGACAGGGAACCCUUCAGCAAAAUCUGGAACAAUAGGACAAGAAGCAAAUUAACUGAAGAUAAAGACAGAAAAGUUGAGGCCAUGUCUUCUAUUAAGAUUGAGUCUGUUGUGAAGGAGAAGAACAGGAUGGGAGAGUGCCCAGUAUGGGAAGAAAGGGAAAAUGCACUUGUAUAUGUAGAUAUUAAUUCACAGAAAGUUUGCCGCUGGAACUCAGUCACCAAUGAAGUGCACAGUGUGUCUGUGGAUGCUCGUGUUGGCUCGGUGGCCCUUCGGAAGUGUGGGGGUUAUGUCAUUGCCUUGGGAACCAGAUUUGCCUUUUUAAACUGGGAAACGGAAUCAGUAACCACUAUUGCUGAACUUGAACAGGAUAAACCAAACAACAGGUUUAAUGAUGGGAAAGUGGAUCCACAGGGGAGAUUUUUUGCUGGUACCAUGGCUGAGGAGACAGAACCUGGUGUGCGAGCGAGAUGCCAAGGUGCCCUCUACACGCUCUUUCCUGAUUAUUCUGUAGUGAAGCAGUUAGACCAGGUGGACAUUUCUAAUGGAUUGGACUGGUCACUGGAUCACAGAACCUUCUUUCAUAUUGAUAGCUUGGCGUAUGCUGUCCAUGCCUUUGACUAUGAUGUGCACACCGGAAAAAUCGCCUGCUGUAAAGUUUUGUACCAAUUAGAAAAGGAGGAACAAAUGCCUGAUGGAAUGUGUAUUGACGCAGAAGGGAAACUUUGGGUGGCCUGUAUUGAUGGAGGGAGAGUGAUCCGUAUAGAUCCUGAGACAGGGAAAAGAAUCCAGACUGUGAAGCUGCCUGCUUCAAGGAUCACCUCCUGCUGCUUUGGUGGAAAAGAUUAUUCAGAAAUGUACGUGACUUCUGCCUAUGAUGGGCUAGACAAGGCAUCUUUGGCAAAGGAACCUCGAGCAGGGGAGAUUUUCAAGGUAACGGGCCUGGGUGUGAAAGGAAUCCCACAAUAUUCAUAUGUUGCUUAAAUAUUAACACUUUAUAGCACACAAAAUAAAUGCAUAGCCCAUGCAGGAGCCGUUUUGAAUAGGAACCAUUCAUUGAAUUGCAAAACUAUCUAUCUGAAGAUUUUUCUAUGCACCUUUUGGAACUUAGGACUAAUUUUUUCUUCUCCAUGUUUGGCUCUACAGCAUGGUACUGGAGUGGAAUUUUAGCAGACACAGAUAAAUAGGGUAACAUUAGAAGUGAAAACAGAUUUUCAGAAUAUGUAGGUUUGUAACAUUUCUUAUGCUCUUGCAUAAGCCUUCUUUAUUAUUUACUCCAGCAUUCCUAGUUUAAAAAAAAUUCUUAUGCCCAGUUCUGCCCUGACUUACUUAUGUAGUUCUGAAGACAGAAUUUGAUUUAUGUUUUCAUACAACAAUGAUGUAACUGUGAUAAGAUAUGCUCUGAUUUACGUUACUUUUUCAAAUACGUUGACUUGAACCUGACGGAGGUUCUGCUUUUGGAUUUCCCAUAAGGGUCUAUUUUUAGCAGUCCUAUUUCUCCAUUUUGAGUUAUUUAUUUUGCCCCACUGAACCUUUUGUCCUUUCACUGUCUUUAUUUCUGUCUUGUCUUUUUAAUUGAGGCCAAAUUCUGUGCAGUUGAAAAUAAACUGUGAUCAUGUUACAAAGUGCAUUUUGAAAAAGUUCUUUUGAAACAAAAAUUAUCCUGGGAACUCUGUAUGAAUGUGAACACACAGAGUCAGCAUAUACUCAGGCCUUGAGAUACAGGCUUACCCUAUUAUAUUGCUGAAUGAUGCUCUAUAUAAUCUCUCUGGUAGAGAGAGAGAGAGAGAGAGAGAGAGGGAAGGAGGAUGGAUGGCCACAGACAGACACACACACUUCAUUGCUUUUGUUAUACCUUCUUUCCCUCCCUUCACUCCUGUGGCAGAUGUAGCACCUCUUUUCCUCCACUACUUAGUGUCUGUUCCUUCUCCCCCAUAUUCCAUGUUCUUUCUCUCUCUUUUGCCAUAUUCUCUUCCUCUCUCCUUCCCUCUCUCCAUUCCACUAAUUUCACUCUUUUACCAUCCCCCUAUCUCUCUUUAAAGGAUCCUCAUUGCAUUGUAUAUCGAGUUCAAAGUUCUUGUCCUUGUCUACAAGGCUCUAUAUCUCUGCCCAGGUCUCUCACUGCACUACCCCAGCCUCUUCCCUCUCCUAAAAUUGACUGAUUUCUCCCUGUUUCUCCCACACAAACAUCACUGUGCCUUAUUCCAUGCCACCACCUAUGCCUGGAAUGCUCUCCCAGAAUCUGACCUCAUUAAAAUCCCUCCUAAAAUUUUGCCCCUGCCACAAGGUAUAAGGAAAAAGGAGGCGAGAAGAAUAAUUGUUUGUAGGAAGUCUGCUUCAAGUACCUGAGUCAGGGCAUAAUCUUAUUUAUUUAAUGCUGUCCAACUGGCUCCUAGCCCACCAUUUGUUCUCACCCUCACUUAAUUGUAGGUUGUAAGAUCCUUGAGACGAGAACCUUGUUUAAUUAAAUGUUGCUGUGAGGAACCUAUUAUGUAACUGGACACCAUACAAAGAAUAACAAC